AUGAAUGAUGCGGCACACAGUACUAAUUUCAAUUUCAUUGAUCGACUUUGGUCCAACAUAGCUCUACAACUACUCGAUCUGAAAUCAAUCGUCGCAGAUCUCAGCUUGGGGGUGAUUGGAGAUGGAAAGACCACCUACAGCCGACUCUAUUGAUGAGGAGAUACAUAGUUUCAAUAUCGGGGAUGACGAUGAUUGUGCGCC